AGUAGCUAGAUGAGAGGAAGCCUCGAGAUGGAGGCAGGGGGGUAAUUUAAUGCAAAAAGGACAGUUUGGAGACAGUUGACUUUUAAGUUUCAGAAAAAGAAUACAACAGUCUCCACAAGGAAGAGUCGCGUAUUAAAUGUAGAUAUAUAGACUCAGUCAGCACUGGAUAUUUUGGGUGUUACAGAACUGUCACCAUGGCAACAGAUUUGGGCUCUCCUCCCCGAUUCUUCCAUAUGCCUCGGUUCCAGCACCAGGCGCCUCGGCAGCUGUUCUACAAGAGGCCAGACUUUACCCAGCAGCAGGCCAUGCAGCAGCUCACUUUUGAUGGCAAGCGCAUGAGGAAAGCUGUCAACCGCAAGACCAUAGAUUAUAAUCCCUCUGUCAUCAGAUAUUUGGAGAAUCGGUUGUGGCAGCGAGAUCAUCGAGACUUCCGUGCUGUUCAACCAGAUGCUGGCUGCUACAAUGAUCUUGUUCCUCCAGUUGGUAUGCUUAGUAACCCUAUGAAUGCUGUUACGACAAAGUUUGUUAGAACCUCCACCAACAAAGUCAAAUGCCCAGUAUUUGUUGUACGGUGGACUCCUGAAGGCAGACGACUUGUGACAGGUGCCUCCAGUGGGGAGUUUACUUUGUGGAAUGGGCUCACUUUUAACUUUGAGACAAUUCUGCAGGCUCAUGACAGCCCUGUCAGGGCAAUGACCUGGUCUCACAACGAUAUGUGGAUGUUGACUGCCGACCAUGGAGGUUAUGUGAAGUACUGGCAGUCCAACAUGAAUAACGUCAAGAUGUUCCAGGCUCACAAGGAGGCGAUUAGAGAGGCCAGUUUCUCUCCUACGGAUAAUAAAUUUGCCACUUGCUCUGAUGAUGGAACUGUACGCAUCUGGGACUUUCUGCGCUGUCAUGAAGAAAGAAUUCUCAGAGGUCAUGGAGCAGAUGUUAAGUGUGUUGACUGGCAUCCCACUAAGGGUUUGGUGGUAUCUGGCAGCAAAGACAGCCAGCAGCCUAUCAAGUUCUGGGACCCAAAGACUGGACAGAGUUUGGCAACGCUACAUGCACAUAAAAACACAGUCAUGGAAGUGAAGUGGAACCUCAAUGGCAACUGGCUGUUGACAGCAUCACGUGACCAUUUAUGCAAACUUUUUGACAUUCGCAACCUCAAAGAGGAGCUGCAAGUUUUUAGAGGACAUAAGAAAGAAGCCACAGCUGUAGCCUGGCACCCAGUUCAUGAAGGCCUGUUUGCCAGUGGAGGCUCUGAUGGAUCACUGCUGUUCUGGCAUGCAGGUGUGGAGAAGGAGGUGGGUGGAAUGGAGAUGGCACAUGAAGGAAUGAUCUGGAGUCUAGCCUGGCAUCCGCUAGGCCACAUCUUGUGUUCAGGGUCUAACGACCAUACCAGUAAAUUUUGGACCAGGAAUCGGCCAGGCGACAAGAUGAGGGACAGAUACAAUCUUAAUCUGUUGCCAGGGAUGUCAGAGGAUGGGAUGGAGUAUGAUGAUAUGGACACCAAUAGUGUUGCAGCCAUUCCUGGCAUGGGAAUCCCAGAACAACUGAAGGCUGCCAUGGAACAAGAACAAAUUGAGACAGUUGCAGAGUCUGAGCUGAGCAUCCCAGGGCUGGACUGGGGAAUGGAGGAGGUCAUGCAGAAGGACCUGAAAAAGGCCCCGACCAAGAAAGUUCCUUAUGCAAAACCCAUUCCAGCUCAGUUUCAACAGGCAUGGGCGGAGAAUAAAGUUCCAGCUAUGCCUCCUGGAGAGGUUCCAAAGGAGAGGAAAGAUGAGAAGAAUGUCGAUAGCAAGAAGAAGACUCAAGCAGAGAUUGAGCAGGAGAUGGCUGCACUGCAGUAUACAAACCCAAUGUUGCUAGAGCAACUGAAGAUUGAGAGAAUGGCACAGUUACAGGAGCAGGGAAUGCCUCCCCCUGCUGGACAGUCAGGGCCAAUGCCUCCCUUUCCAGGUCAGGGUGGUCCAAUGCCCCCUCCGCCACAAGGUUUCCCUCAGUCUAUGCCCCCCCAACAGAUGCCCCACAACAUGUCUCCAAUGGGCCCAGGUGGCCCGAUGCCUAGUGGUCCAUUCAUACCUCCAGGGCAGAUGGGUCCCCCAGGACCUCCCAUGCACCAGGGGCCCCCUCCACAGGGCAUGAUGGGACCUCCAGACAUGCAUGGACCUCCACGUCAUCCUGGCCCUCACAGAAACAUGGGACCCCAGGGUCCUCCUGGCAUGCAUCCUGGCCCCAGAGGCAUGCAGGGACCUCCUCAAGGAGGAAUACCUCCAGGGUCUGGUGGACCUCCAGGUAGUAUGAUGGGACCACCACCACGAGGACAGGGGCCUCCCCAGGGAGGAAUGAUGCAUCAGGAUAUAAGGGGACCUGUGCCUCACGGAAACAUGAUGGGCCCUCAGGGGCCCAUGGCAGGGGGUAUGAUGGGGCCUCCGCCCAGGACUCAUGGCAAUAUGCAAGGCAUGGGAAACAUGCAUGGGAUGGGGCCUCCUCCAGGGGGGAUGCAUGGACCGCCAAACAACAUGCAAGGUCCACCGGGAAACAUGCAAGGUCCUCCAGGCAAUAUGCAGGGUCCUCCACCAUACAUGCAAGGCAAACCACCACACAUGGGUGAUGGAAACAGAGGACAGUUCAACCAGGGCCAGAAUCCUGGGCCUCAGUCAAUGAUGCAUGGAAUGGGACAGCAGGCUCCUAACGGGAAAGAUGGACCUCGGGGACCACCUAACCAUCAUAUGGGACCCCCAGCGGAGCGACAAGGCACGGGAGGACCAGGUCAGGGCUCAGAUGGGGGCCAAUACUGGGGUGAGGAGGGAGGCUAUCAAGAGGGCUGGAGAAGAGGCCCUGGGGGUCCUGGCCAGGAAUACUCAGGAGAUCCCAGAGGGCACAGAGGAGGAGGCCCAGGAGGCCAAUGGGAGGGCCAGGAAAGAUUCCCAUCACAUGAUGGAGAGUUCAUGGGCCACGACGGGUUUGACGGGUAUGAGGGCACUGGUGAGGAGUUUGACCCAAGGCAGAGACGACCACCGCAUGGAGAUGACUCAUAUAGGAGGGGUGGCAUAAGCGGGCGUGGUGGGAUGGGAGGCUUCCAAGAUGAGUACGGUGGAGAUGAGAGCUUUGAUUCCCAAGAAGACAUGGGCCAAGGUUGGGGAGGUAGAGGAAGAGCACGUGGCGGGCCACCAAGAGGAGGUGGUGUUGGAAGAAAGGGUCUUCUCCCAACUCCUGAUGAUUAUCCCUCUCACUUUGAAGGAGGAAGAAACCAGGAGGGCUGGGAGGGAGGGCGAGAUUCAGGUCAUGAGGGCUAUCGAGAUGGUCAGCGGCCAGACCACAAUAUGCAUGACAGUCCCUCUCCAGCCAGUAGAGAGCGCUCUUCCUCACUACAGGGCAUGGAUAUGGCCUCACUGCCACCACGCAAACGGCCAUGGCAUGAUGGCCCUGGCACCGGUGACAUGGACUCACCUGCCGCAGGACCUGAUGACAGAGGAGCAGUAGGUCGACCACCGCCAAGAGAUGAAGGUGGUUAUGGGCCCCCAUCACGGGGAGGACGAGGUGGUUGGGGCCGUGGUGGGCCUCCUAACCCAGGUGGACCCGGUCCCGGUCCCAAUGCAGGUCCGAUGGUCAGGCGAGGGGCUCCACGCGGUGUCAUGAGGGGUGGUCGUGGUCGGUAGGAUUAGUCACGCCCACUUUCCAGGGCACAUGGGGGCAAAAACUGACUGCAAUAAUGACAGACAAAAAGAACCACACAUGGCCACGAUAACAGCUUCCUUCAUGGCCUAAUUAUGCAGGCUUGGACAGGUGCCUGGAUGCACAUAAAAAAAAAAAAUCUGAGUGGAACUCUGUGCUAACCAUUUUAGCCAACCUUUAUUGGUGGCAAUGGUUUAGUUUUUUCACUCUGAUCUAUCAGAUAGAAGGUGGUGGGAACUCCUGACGCCGCCUGCUGAUAUCCAGAUUUUGGACAUGAUCAUACAUGUACCCAUGGUACAGGGGACUAGUUCUCACCUCACAUUUCUGGGUUUUACUCAGUUUGUGGUGAAGAUGCCAGCUGAUGAAAGAGUGGCUCAUCAUGGUGUGAAGAAACAUCUCUUGUAAUGGACUUAUAUUUGUGGUCCAGAAUACUUAUUUGUGAUGCAUGGUACAACUCUUUGUAGAAGCUUUAGAGACACCCCUUCCCAAACAUCACCUCUACACUGAGCAAAGCCAACCGUAACUGAAUUUGUACCAGUUCCUGAGCCUCUUCUCUCUUGCCUUUUUUGGCUUAAUGAUUGUGAUGUUAAAACAUUUUGUGUACCAUUAAGAUCCUCAGAGUCAGAUCCUAUCGUCAAGCAACUUUAAGUCAAUCUAAGUAAUGGGCAAUGCAGAACAGGCAUCAUUUUGAAGACUGUGUCUAUUACUAGAGAAAACUGGACUCUUGAUUGUUUCCUUCCCCAAGUGGCUUUUUGCCAUUUAUUUAAAUUUCAUUUUUAUGUAAAAUAAUGGAAAUAAUCUUUCUGUAACAUUACCAGGCUACUCUGAGUGAAGAGGCUGCAUACUCUGUUUCUAUGUGUACAGUUUGUCAUAGUAUUGUCAUAUUGUUUUGUCUCUUUUGUAUGGAAACAAAAUAGAAUUUGUGCAAAGUUAAUGUAAACCAUAUUCACUCCUGUCAUUUCUUUGAUUUUACUGACAGUGAUAUUUUUCAAGGGUACAAACGUAAUACUAACUGAACACCAUUGUUGUUUUCAUGAAGUCUACAAACUGCACCGAUAUGCUAAAAAAAUCAUCAAUUUGAAUUUAAACCAAGUGUUUUUUAAACCACUUCAUUGAUCCCAGGAGGGAUGAAAUUGUAUGAAAUUAUAUCAAGUCCAGUCUUAAAGGAAUAGUUUCAUCAUAAUUUACUCACCCUCAUGUCAUUCUAAACCCAUUUAACUUUCUUCCUUAUGCGAAAUACAAAAUGAAAUGUAAUGAAUAUCAUAA